UUCUAGCAACACCCAAAAACAUGCAGAAUCGUUCAUUGUUCGUAGUUGAAUCCUGCGUCACAAGAAUGCGAUAAAUACUGAACAAGAAAAUUCUAUCGAUUUAGUACUGAUCAGUCGAACUUCACGAACCCAAUUCAAUUAAUUACUUCCAGAAUUAUGUCAAACCAAAUACUUCCAACUUCUAAACAAAUUUCUGACAUAUCUCUCUUAAAAGGAGCUAAAUUACCCUUCAUUAUCUUACAGUUGUGUGGCUUCUUUCCAUUCUCGGUUAUCACGAGUCCUAAUAAAUCGUCGAUAUCGGUAUCUUCUUCUCCUUGGUACAAAUCACCCCCUCAAAUUUGGCUUCUGACCUUAAUUUUCACCGAACUCGCACCCUCGUUCAUCAUAAUAUGUUUUGCACACAACGUUUACAAAUCAGUUCUUGAAGAGUUUCAAAAUCAAGGGCGCAACACCUUCAUUACGAUAAAUGUUGCGUGGGGACUUUGCAGCGUUGUCAACCCCAUCGCCAUCAGAUUGCAUUCUCUAAUGUCCAAAGGCCGUUUUCUUCAAUUUUGGGAUAAUUUUUCCAAACUGAUUGAAAAUUUCCAGGAUCCAGACGAUGAACAAUACGUUUACAUAUAUUUGAAAUAUCUUCGGAUAAAAUUUAUCCUUCACCUUAUUUCUCAAGUUACAAUUUCUUUCGUAGAAAGUUGGAUUUAUUUAAGUUAUGGGAUUUCUGUCGAGGGUUCGUUGGAAGGAAUUGGGCUAAUCAGUUCAUUACAAGAUUGGACAUUUUCUCUUAAUGGGAUUUUAUCUCUGUUUUGGUUUCAUGGGUUGAUUUACUUUGUAUCAAGUUAUAAUUUUUGCAUGAGCAGAUUAUUGGCUCGAUUAGAGCGAGAGGAUGAAAAUCGAAACCGGGCUAAUAGAAAAGUACGGAUGGAAAAAUUAGUUCAAGACUAUAUUGCAAUGGAUCAUAGUGUAACUCAAUUCACUAAUCUUUUUAGCAUGGUUAUAAAUAUCAUUGUCGUUCAUGGUUUGGUUUAUUUGCUGUAUUGUAUGUACUUUGUCUACAUUUCUACAAAUAUGGAGGAAUAUUUUUUAACUUUGCUCACAACUGUGCAGUUGCUAAUUUUUACUUUAUACUUCUACUGGUUGGCGAAUAGUGCCAGUAGUUUGGAAGAAAACAGUAAAUUGUUCUGUAAAUUGAUAAAGUAUUCCAAUUUUGAACUUGAUAAUGGAUCUUGUGAUGGUGGCUGUGGAAAGGACUUACAAAUUAUUUUCAUGAGGCUUGAGAAGAAUAAGUUCGAUCACUCCGGACUGGAACCAAUUGCAAUAAGAAAUUCGGUGAUUGAUUUAAAUUUACGUCUUCAACUUUCUAUGAUUGCAGCAAUGACUACGUACUUGGUCAUAAUUGUACAAUUUCAAGCGGGUGAUACGUCUUAAUAUAAGCAGAGGAAAUUUUCCUCAGGAAAAUUUUUGUAUUAAGAGAAUGUCGUUAUGCAAGGUGUAGAUUAUAUGUAUAUGCGUAUUUA